GCCUCGUGUUCACAUCGUGCUCGUGUUAAUAUCAUUUUAAUAUUGUGCUGCCUCGUGUUCAAAUCGAGUCGUGUUGGUGUCAUAAUAAUAUUGUGCUGCUUUAUUUUCUAUAAACAAAUUAAACAAAAAAAUGGACGAAGAGGACUACGCUAUUGUCAGCUUUGAAGACGGCAUGGGAAUCGUCUGUUCCACGUGGUUGGUUUACGAGGAGGGAUUAUUAGUCGGAAGUUUGUACCCUUCAAAUAUUUCUGCCAAGGAAUUGGUGAAAAUUUUAUUAGCUAAACGACCACUAGAUAUGGAAAACAGUGCAUUCUAUAAAAUAAUAGAGUUUCACCGAUUCGCAGCGAAUUAUGAAUCAGCAAACAAAAAGCUGCAAUUGUUUGAAAUAAUGACUGAUUACGAAAGUGACGAAAUAAAAACUGCAGAUAAAUUAAAAAAAACGCGACAUUCAAGGGCGAUAAAAAUAGAAAAAGAUUUUGAAUUGGGAAAUACGUCGAUAAAAAGAAAACCUUUAGCUCCCAUUGAAAAUGGAAUUAAAUCAAAAAUGAUGGCCAUUGAAAAGCCAUCAGGAGAGAUUGAACCACCCGAAAUCGUUGCAUCCGAAGUGGAAAUAAAACGAAUAGAAGCCGAGGGACAACCAUUGCAAGAUCCAGAAGAACAACAACUUCAAACAGAACCAGCGGAAGAGACUGUACAGAAGGUGAAAGAACCUGAAGUAAGAGCCGAUAAACAAACAGUCCAUAAAAAAACGCAAGAGAUUCCAAAUGGUAAAAUUGAUACUGGAAUGAUUUUUAAAAAAUUAUGUACGCUCGAGCAAAAAUUAAAUCAUCUAUCGAAUGAUGGGAAGGAAAGGCUUAACGCAUUUGGAGAUGGCGAUUUGAAAAUGUUCCCAAUCAAAACGGUCAAGGAAAUGACUUCCGUGGAGGGUUUACUAGAGUCCUCCCGAUUCAUAAAGAAAGUGAUUUCAUCAUUUAUGUCCCUUGGAAAGUGCUCUAACCUGAACAAAACUGUUGCUAAUGUACUUAACCAUUUGAUCACUUUUGAAGUUGGGACCAAGUAUACUUUUAAAGGUCAAAGUGCCAAUAAGAAGCCAGCUUUUGAAAAAUUAAAAAUUUGUGCAGUUAUUAUCAGAGCUCUUGUGAACACGGGAGAGACUCAGGAGUCAAUAAAGAAAGGGAUCCAAGACUGGCUCCAUCAUGCGAAACAAAACGCCCAACGUUUGAAAGCCCUUCAAGAAAAACGCCGUGCAAAUGAAAUUUUAGCUGCAGUCGAAAGUGAUGUAUCUUCUAAUGAAGAAUAAAAAAUGAAAUAUAAGGAUAUAUUUCUCAACCCGAAACAGUUCGCUCAGCAAACGUGAAACGUACGAAC